AUGUCCAAUCUAACUAAAUUAAAAUCACAAUCUUCAUUCGGGUUAUCAUGUAUGACGCAACCGAGCGUUGAAACCGUCAAGACAAAGCCUUAUCAAAAUAAACAUAGAAACCUACCAAGGAAGAACAACGACGAUUGGAACAAAAGGUCACUUAGUUCAAAACCUAACAAGGAAAGACAAAAUACAAGUCAAUUCAGUGAGGACGAUAACAACGGUAGCAGAAUUUCGAAAAAUAUUGACGUGAAAGAAGUCACCGAUAAGGAUGACUUGAGACGAUCUCCGUUUCAGAAAAAAUUGUUUUAUUUCUUUGAAUUACCUAAAGGAUGUGCCGCGAAAACGUUCUCCGUUUUCAGCGCUUUAUGCGUUGUGGGCAUCAUGAUUUGUAUUGACACUCUGCCGACGUAUGCAUUGUCUGAUUAUCGUGCUUUGUGGCUUUGUAUCGAUAUAAUCGUGAUUAUAACGUUUACUGUAGAAUAUUUGGGCAGGUUCUUUGCUUCAGUAAACAAACUUAGAUUCUUCUUUAGACCCCUGAAUAUGAUUGAUUUAUUCUCAAUCGCUCCGUUUUACGUUCAAAUAUUUAUACAAGGAACAGCCGAGGCAUGUGUUCAAUAUCAGCUAUUCAUAUAUUUUAUUAGACGUGCAUCAUUUACUUUUUUGAAAGAGGGACUUUUAACCAACAAGACCGGACCUGUCACACUAACAACAACUGGCUACGGUGAUGAAGUCCCAUACACCUCGUGGGGAAAAUUCUUUGCUGGCGUCACAAUGUUGUGCGGGAUAUUAGUUAUUGCAAUGAAAACUUCAAUCCACGGCUCAAGCUUUGUUGCUGAAUGGACGGCACAUGAACGGGCUCAAUUCUUGGCUAAAAUCAAGAGAAGCCGUCGGCUAGUUAGAAAGUCGGAUAAUCCGCACGUGGCUCUCGCGUGGCGAAGCAAACUGCUUCGUAGACGAAACGACGAACUUUUAGCAGCGAUCACAGAAGUGCAAGAAACACUAGCAGAUGUACAUCCAACCCGAUACUAUCAAAAGUAUAAAAAUUUGCAAGCACACAAUGGCGAUAAUGAAGAUAAUGGGGAGAAGUCCUGGCUGCCGAAUAAGACGAUUUAUAGAUUGCGUUAUCCAAAUUACUCUUCAAAGCGGGUCAGUAUACUACCGUUCCGUAAGACACUCACUAGUGCCUCCACGGAUGAUGAUACAGUAGGCAAUGGUCAGUCUAUGAACGAGAAGAGGUCAUCAUCGCUACCGAAACAAUCAAAAGAGAAGAUAAAAAGUCACACUCCGAACCCUUUCAAGCUCAAGCUGCUCAGGCGAUUUAGUCGCUCGUUACAUCUGAGUAAUAACGACGUGUCCAAACUUCCAGAAGGCGGAAUAUCCAAGAGUGACAUUAGCAUGCCAUUCAAUCAACGUUCGUUACGGCCUGUUGACUCGGCUGACGCGGACUACAAUGAUUAUGACCAUCCGGAAAGCGUGAUGACUAUCCCAGAGGGAAAUGACUCAAACAAGCUAGGCAGAAGCAAUAAUUUAUUUAUUAUUGGCUGA